GCGAACCCACCACCUCCUUCCCCCUCAAAGUAUCUGUCACGCUUGAAGAUGCCAUCUUGGACAAGGCGGCGAACGACGAGGGGAAGAAGAAGGAGGAGGAGGAGGAGGAGAAAAAAAAGAAUAAGAGGAAAAAGAAGGAGGUCUAUGGCGGGCGGGAGGGAGGAGUGGAGGGAGGAGUGGAGGAAGGAGUAUGGCGGGAUGGAGAAAGGAGGCCUCUGUCGGGAGGGAGUAGAGAGGUCUAUGGCGGGAGGGAGGAGGGACGACUAUGGCGGGAGGGAGGAGGGACGACUAUGGCGGGAGGGAGGAGGGACGACUGUGGCGGGAGGGAGGAGGGACGACUAUGGCGGGAUGGAGGAUGGAGGAGUAUGGAGGGAGAAAGGAGGAGGGAAGGAAGCCACAUCGCGGGAGGGAGAAAGGAGGACUAUGGCGGGAGGAGGGAGACUAUGGUGGGAGGAAGGACGAAGUACUAUGGCGGGAGGGAGGAGGGAGGACUAUGGCGAGCUGAAGGAGGGAGGAGUAUGGAGGGAGAGAGGAGGAGGGAAGGCAGCCACGUCGAACGAGGAAAAAGGGAAAACGGAGAAGGGAAGCUAUGGUGGACUACGGCGGGAUGAAGAUCUAUGGCGGAGGAGUAUGGAGGGAAAGAGGAGGGAAGGCAGCCACAUCGAAGGAGGGAGGAAGGAGGAAGGAGAAGGGAGAAGGAAAGCUAUGGUGGACUAUGGCGAGAGGGAGGAGGGAGGAGUAUGGCAGGAGGGAGAAAGGCCUAUGGCGGGAGGAGGGAGGACUAUGGCGGGACAGAGGACGAAGUAACUAUGGUGGGAGGGAGGAGGGAGGACGAUGGCAGGAUGAAGGAGGAGGGCGGAGGGAGGCAGCCACAUCGAAGGAGGGAGGAGGGAGGGAGAAGGGAGAAGGGAAGCGAUGGUGGACUAUGGCGAGAGGGAGGAGGGAGGAGUAUGGCGGGAGGGAGAAAGGAGGACUAUGGCGGGAGGAGGGAGGACUAUGGCGGGAGGGAGGACGGAGUACUAUGGC